UUUGCGCAGUUGCAUUCCUUGCAUAGUAUCCACACUGUUGACAAGGAGCGAGGAAGAAGAGGGGAGGGAGAGAGGAGUCAACUUCUGCGAAGGGAGGAAACCGACGGAUAUUUUUCGCCUGAGCGACAAAAGCCGUCAACUCUGGAAUCAGUGUGCAAGAUGCAUCCUCUAAAGGCAAACGUCGACAAACUGUCAGGGGAGUAAAGCCUUGAAGAACAGGACAUCGAAUAUGCAACUCGUAUGCAUUCAGUUCUACGCAUGAAGUUAAUCAGAAGACUCGUAGAAGAACAAAUGCUGGACUGACUGCUGAGGAAUGGCAUCGGCGAUAUUCGAGGGGACGUCUCUGGUCAACAUGUUUGUCAAGGAUUGCUGGGUGAACGGGAUCCGGAGACUGAUCAUAAAUCAGCGAGGAGAGGAAGAAGAAUUCUACGAGAUCAGAACCGAGUGGUCAGACAGAAACGUUUUGUAUUUGCACAGGAGUUAUUCCGAUUUUGGGAGAUUGUUCAAAAGACUGGUUGAAUCAUUCCCGGAGGACAGAAGAGCUCUCUCCAAGUCGCCGCUUAUCGAAGGUCUGGUUAAGAUUAAAGAGGCCAGUGACAUCGAGCUGAAACUAAAUGAGGUGGAGAAGCUACUGAAGAAUGCCAUCAACAUGCCAUGGAAGUAUUCUAGGUCAGAGGUGGUGUUGACAUUCUUUGAGCGAUCACCGCUGGACCAAGUGCUGAAGAAUGACAACGUCCACAAGAUCCAGCCAUGCUUCCAGAGUCCAUACAAGAUAUCAGAGAUCAUGCGUUCCAAUGGCUUCUGUCUGGCCAACACUGAGACAAUCGUGUUUGAUGAGAGUCUGCCACAGGAUGCAGAGAGACCCUCAUCCACUGACUCUGCUGCUGGCUCUGCAGAACACCUGUACGAGGAUGGCAGGGAGUUCCUGACGGUGGAACCAGACAUCAGUGACGAUGACUCCGAUGCCUACGUCACAAACCUGUCUUACUACCAUCUGGUCCCCUUUGAGACGGACAUCCUGGAAUGAGGAGCCAAAAUGGCUGACGAGGCAGAGAGCCUAAAGAGGAGGAAAAACACAUAUUUGUGGGCACUGGAGGUGGUUCUGUUGACUGGCUGCGUUGGAGAAAUGGCACCACAUCCUUCUUAAUGCUCCCUGGGAGAGAAGGAAAAUCCCACCACAAGCAACUCAAUGCUGAAAUAAGGAACUGGACUAUUUAAAAGGAAAAUUAUACAUGAUGUAUGGACCGGUUGAUUGUAUUCAUUUCUGUUCCGAGUCAGUCUAGACAGUAGACAUUGAUUCGUGAAGGACCUUGUGCAGUGUGCAUGCAUCCAUCCACCAGUCAUGGCUAAACGGUACUCAACUAAUCCCGUGUGGCCUCAGGAGUACCCAACCAAACUCCAGUACUCUGGUCUCUCCGCCACACUCUUUGAACACACCAGUAUGUCAAGUUCAACAAAUGUCAGACAUCGGUGUGAUCAUUUGGAAGAUGCUUUUUGUUUUAUUACAAUGAUAUUCUAAUUUAAUAUAAUGUUAAGAGGUUAUUUAUUUUUAUAGUCCAAAUGUUUGACAGACUGGCUGUCAUAUCGCUAAGCUAACCGUGACCCGCCUUGUAACCUUGUUCAUAUGCUUACGGCCAGUGUGAGACAUAUCUUGAAACAUACUGCAUCUGCUCAGUAUUAUUAAUCAAGUCUAAAUCCUGUCUGGAGGGGGGCUCUAAACUAACAAAUGGAAUUGUUAUAAGAUGGUCAUACCAAGGAUUAUUUAGCUAUUUGAUUUUGAAUGUUAAGGCCCAGUCUUCAGGCUUCAGUCUUGUGAGGCUUGUGGGUGUCCUAGAGCAAAACUGAGAAUAUACUUUUUUUGUUGUUUUUUUUAAAUGUUAUUUUACCCCUUUUUUCUCCCCAAUUGUGUGGUAUCCAAUUGAUUUUAGUAGCUACUAUCUUGUCUCAUCGCUACAACUCCCGUACGGGCUCGGGAGAGACGAAGGUUGAAAGUCAUGCGUCUUCAAAACGGAGAACAUUGUCAUGUUUGUGAGAGUCUCAGCUUUCCACAGAGGGGCGACCGUUCCAGGCACCACAAACAGAAGUUGGCAUAAGAGGCUAUACUGUCUUCAGACGAGUCUUGUGGGAAUGGUUGAGCAAAACGGAGAACAUUGUCGUGUUCGUAAGAGUCCUCUUUCAAUCGUUUGUAGGCCAAACGGUUCGGUCGCUACAGAGGUUUUCGUGAGGAGACCGAUUUUCGGGAUGUCUCAUGGUCUGACAAACACCACUCUAGCUCUGCCACCUUUCACCACAGAUGUGGAAGGGUGAUAUCGGCAGAAGCGGUGGAUUGAGAUGCAGCCCAUGCAAAACAAAUAUCUCUAGCUUAAACGGACAGAUUGAGAUUUUUUUUGUAUAAUGUUAAUUCGAUUUCUGCAGGGGUACGGACAUUGUAAGCCAAGGGUUAAUACUUCAUUCAUUCUGCCUAUGAUUGGUAGACUAUGUAACAAUUAUAUUAAAGAUGUUUUGUAAUAAAUUUUAAAAAAUUUGA